AUGAAUAUCAAUCAAGAAGAGUCUUUCCAUGAAAAGGCCGACAUCAAUUCGGAGCCACCGCUUAGAACUUCGUACAAGUCGUACCGGAGGAAGUACCGUAAAAUCAUGGUCAGAUUCGAGGACAGAAUGCGUGAGAGCAACAACCUGUACAGUAAACAUCAACGACUGCUUGAUAUAUCGCGCCGACUAGGCGAACAAAAUGAUCAGUUACUCGAGCUGCUCCACGAUCUUAACGCAGCUCCUCAAGUACCACCUUCCCGUCGCUACGAUCUUCAACCUCCCGCUACUAUACAUAAAGAACUAGAGCAUGAGGACGAACGGAAGACGACCUUCUCUGAUCCCAACAUCCCUUCAGCAGCGUUGCAUGAAGCUCGCCAAAGCUCAAGAAAUGGUAACACGUCAAUUAGUGACUCCCGUCAAACGGAGGAGUCAAUGCGCCAAAGCAAAGACCCAAAGCCUAUGAAAUCAUACGCGUCGCUUUCGAAGAUCCCGUAUGCAUCGUUUAACAACUCAAAAUUCGACAACAACUCCAUAGAUACACCGCUCAACGGGUUUCCUGCACCCCUGGAAGAAGAACGGUACUUAGAAGGUUUAGAUUCCUACCUCAACGGUACCGCUCCAACACCACGGCCCUUUACGGCGGCCGCUACUCGUGGUGGGGAGCGCUUAAGUGAGAAAGACAGAGAAAUGGCUUUGAAGAAUCCAGUGUCUGUUUACAAUUGGCUGCGAAAGCACCAACCACAGGUUUUCUUGCAGGAUAACGAAGCUCAUUCAGAGAAGCCGAGCACAAGACCAGCAACGUCUCGUGCUUCGAAACGGGCCAGUGCCGUCAAGCAGGAGCCAGAUCUCUACGAUGAAGAUGGUAUAGCAUUGGAUGUAGGGGCAAACUCGAGAGGCAAACGUAAGCGCGACGACGAUGGUGGUUAUCGGCCAAAGGGUGGAAAUGGUCGUCCAGUGAAACGGAAAAAGGACGACGGUUCCGCUUCCGCCAAAAAGAGCAAAAGAGGUUCCAUUAGCGGACUGACGUAG